CCUAUAUGCAGCAGCAGUUUACCAUUCUUCAAUUCGAGUGUGUCGCAAAGUGUCAGAUGCAAGAUUUUAUUUUUAAUCCUCCAAGUGGAAUUUCUCAAAAAAUAAUUCAAAAUUUAUGUUUUUCCAAUUACUCAAUCAAUCCGCUAUCGAAUCAAGUGAUUAUUUGUGUAAAAUAACCGAGUUAUCUAUGAAAAAAUGAUCGAAUUCCAUUGGACCUGUGUUCGUUAAAGUAGUUUGUAGUUUUUCUUUUUGACCAGCAUUAUCAAUAAAACCCACACAUCAGCAUUGGCACCACAAUAACAAGAAAAAAGUCCAACAAAAUUUUCACUGCAGAUCACAUUCCAAUGUAACAAUUUCCUCGUGCUACCUUCGAGCUAUAUUAUAAGUCUUUGAAAAUAAAAGCAAAUAAUCCUCGCGUUCAUUCCUCGGAACAAAACAAAAGAGUUCAACAAGCUACGAACUCGAUUUUGUAAUAUCAAAUGAAAAUAUAAGAUAGAAGAAGAAUGGCUCACCGAAGAACUCUUGCUGCUGUUGCGGAAUCCAUUAUACUCGUCGUACUCGUACUUAUGAAUCAUGUGGGAUUAUCUUACAUUUAAGACUCCCAUCAUCUUCUCCUCUGUUAGAACAAUAAUAAAAAAGAAACUGAAACUGAAAAAGAAGAGAGAGAUACUCUGAGACUGAUUUUGAUUUAAUUUAAAUUAAAGAAAAAAUUAUAUAAAAUUGACGACGACAUGUCUGAAUUUCUACCACUUUGUGAUGUCCUCUUCAAUGUGAUAUCGUUGGCUGGGUACUUCUGUGACGUUGUCUUCGAUGUGGUACUUGGAUAUGCCCUCCUGGAGCGUGGUCGCGUCGGCUACUUCACCAUAGUGAUAUCACUGGUCUUGCUGUCGCUGAUUGUGUCUCAAAUUGUGUCGUUUCGAUGGUAUUGGAACAACCAGAAGCGUAAGAGAGCCGAAUCAGCAGCAGUAGCAGCAGCACAGGCGAAUGAGAAUGGGGAAUUGGCAGUGCCCGAGAAGAAAGAUGCCUUUGGAGAGUGUGGAGAUACGAGGGCAAUGCGUCUGAAGACCUAUUCCAUCAUUGCGGUGCACGCCAUUCAAUGUGGAGUGCUGUGGCGUUAUGCAAAACUCUUCGUUCCGGUGAACUUGAGACGCGUCAAGCAUGAAGUUCGCGACUUGUGUAUGCUUCGUUUAGUCCAUGGUUUCUGUGAAGCUGCCCCCAUGCUGCUCCUGCAACUGUACCUGCUCAUAACAAUCCAAAGUGAUAGCAAGUUUCUUUCCGAAGGAUCUGAAGUGAAACUGAAGACGUUAAGUGGAAAGACCUACUCGCCCGGCCUAACAAUCACCCAACAGUCUAGCUUGGCCCAACAACAGACCGAAAAGACAUUCAAGGACCUGAAUGUUGUGUCGGCCUCUUUGUCGCUCUUUAGCGUGUGUUGGGCCCUCGCUAGCUUCAGCAAGAAUGUUCGCCUGCAAAAAGUUCAUCGCUUGGUCCUCACAUGGCUGGGAGUUAUCUUUCAGUUCAUUUGGCGUUUGGGAACUGUAACUUCCCGAAUAGCAUCGCUCACGGUCUACGCCUCGGUGUAUAAAUACUGGGUGUUCCUGGUGAUCAUAUUGCAUUGGUUCUCAAUGCUCCUGUGGCUGAUCUCACCGAAGAACGUCUUCCACGGUGAACGGAUAUCCAAAGUCCGCAAAACCCUACUCUCAGCAUUGAUAGCAUUCGUUUAUAUCUUCGCGUAUAUCAAUCUUCAAGAAGUCAAUCAUAGGCAGAAAAUGUUCACCUUCUACAUUGUGAUGUUCCUCGAGAAUGCUCUGUUGGUUUCGCUCUGGUUGGCCGGAAUCUGGGAGAGAAGAACCGAGCAGUGGCAUGUGACACCAAUGCUCAUUUUGGGAACCUUCAUAAUAGGGAUUCUUUUCAUGCUUUUAUAUUAUAGAUUCUUCCAUGUUCGUCGCUUGAACUGGGAAUCGGGAGGUCGUUAUCCGUGCAACGAAAAUGAAUUCAAAAGAAAUAACAACCACCGAAAGGGCACAGGAAAAGUAGACGGUGCGAAUGGGCAGCCUGCCAUUGCUGGAGUCUUCAAUUGUCGGUUCACAAAUCCAGUUGGAAACGCUGCAACAAAAAGAAAGAAAAAGAAACCAACGACAUUUAUUCCACCACCGAAUCUAAGGUACACUCCGCAACUAGGUUCGGUAAGCUCGAUUAUCACAAACGGCACAAUGGCAAUGCCAUUCUGGCGAAGACCCCUCUCCCGAUCUCAAGCCGGAUCGAGUGAAAACGAAGGGAGCAGUGCUGGUUCUCGUGUAAAUAUCCAUCAAAAACUUCAGGAGAAGAAACAGAAACAAUUAGCCGAAUUAAAGAUCAUCGAGGAGGAGAUCAAACAAGGCAAGCUUGGAGGUCCAACGACGAAUACCUUGAGUUCUGGUGAUGAUGGACGCACAUCCUUACCUCGACAACCGAUUCCGAGGACCAAAAAACACACAAACUUACUCGAUGCCAUGGAAUGGUGCUCUGCCAAUCCGGGAUUAUUGGAAAAAAGCUUCAGUGAUUUCGAUGAGAUGAAUAACCUGAAUAAAUACUGUGCCGAUGAGUUGUAUUCAUCGUUUGGUCUUAGUGGCAUAAAUAUUCCAGCACUGGAACAACAAAGUCCAAUGCCAAAACCAGUAACUUCAUCGAUUCCCUCCUCAUCGCAACUCUCAGCCGCGGAGAGUAAUUCCCUCACACGACACGCAGUCCAUGCCAGGACUAAAAUUCCCCACAGUGUACCUCUAAAUCCGAUACUCUUUGAAAACUAUUGUAGCAAUCAACACGGAAGCCCGAACGGCAAUUUCGAACAUUUGAAUAGACAGAAUAUUUUCCAUGAAAUCAAUCAUCCCAGACAGAUUUCUGGAACGUACAGCAGUAACACGGCUGAGAAUCCGAAAGGAGGUUUAGAUGGAGGACUUCCCUUCCCGUACAAUGUUUUGCCACCGCCAAGAUCGAAACUGGACAGUCGGUCAACACCUCCAACACCCUCAAUAACAAUCACUCAACAACAACAACAACAGAAGCAGCAGCAACAACAACAACAGCACCAAUCACCCCCGAAAGUGUCUGCUGCUGAUUUUCUAUCCAAAUUCUCACAGCGCCAAUAUCAGAGGGCAAAGACACCAGAAGUUCUCCUAGCACCGCACUAUCUCGAUAAUUCAAGGGUCUACUAUGAUUGGGUUGGAAGAGAACAUCCAUAUAGGUCACACCAUAAUCCAGAUCGGGUAAGCAGUGGAGACGAAAAUCUGGAUGUUUCCGCAGCAGACGAUAGUGUCCUUGGUCUGAAUGAACCAAUCGGACAUAGAGCUUCAUCCGACAUAGACAGUCAGGUAUCACUUCCUCGCUCAUAUACUCUCCCGAGAGAAUUCAAAUACUAUCGCAGAAAUAAGCCGAGAAAAAUCAUAAAAACUGAGACUUUCAUAACAAGCACCAAUAGCAGUGACGGUGACGUUGAUAGUGGCGAUGAAAAUGAAUCCGAAGGCAACUCCCAUUCGGAUGACUCACAAUGCAAAGCAAUUCCUCCGCCAAAUUCCAGGAUAGCUUCGAAUAAUUUCCACAAUCACAAUGGCCAUAAUCGUAGUCAAAAUCGAAUACUAACUGCCAACUGUACCACUACCAGUUCCGCUGCUUUACCCAUUCAACAUCACCAAUUGCCGCCUCAACCUAUGGCCAAGAAGGCGCAUCUUCAAAUCGGAAGUAGCAAUAGCAAUACGGCAUCACCAUUAAAUGAAGGCGGUCCAUCAAUAGCUGUAAAUAAUUUAGAUUUAAUUAGCGGUGUAAGUGAUGUUGGGCAUUUUAGUCAGUUUUCGAAUCGACCUCGAGUUAGGACUUAUGCUUUAUCGAAGAGCACAGCAACUCAUCUGCCAUAUUGCAGGCAUGAAACGAAACUCUAAAGAAAUUACCUAUGUCAUUCGAAAUUCCCAAAUUACACUGGCCGACUAAAUUUUGUUUUACGGUUUUUUUAAGGCUAAGUUGAAAGUUAAAACACAUCUCCCUUGACAAUAAAAUAAAUGAUGAUUUUCCAAAGUACACAUCUUUACCUUCUAGAUUCAGUUUAUCAUCAUUUUAGUAUCUUACUUAGUUUUGGUAGUUUCCUAUUAUUUGCCAAAUGACAUAUGGGUCUUUAUUUGACUGUAUCUGAUGUUUUGAAAGUCUUUAUUUGACUCUAUCUUAAUUUUAAAAAACCUUGAACGUAAUUUCUUUAAUUUUUAAAUAUUUCGUGUUUGACAUAAUUUUGAGUGCUGAUUCCGGUCAAACUCAGAAAUACCCGUUUCAACAUAAUUGUUUUCAAUAUUUAUCAAAAACUUGAUAUUUUAACCUUAAGACUACGAAUUCGUAAUACAGUUAUGGGUUUCUAUGUAAAAACCAUCUUUCCAUAAAUGCUUCAGAGCAAGUAAAGGCUUUUUUUUU